UACACCCACACACGCACGCACACACACACACACACAUACACACAAACAGACACCUACACCUUUGGAUAGGCUCUCCACAUUACCUUCUCUGUUCACGCAUCCCUCUGGAUUCCCUCUUGCUUUCUCGGCAGCGUCGACUUCGUAGCCAAGGAACAUCGCGAAUCCUGGAUAGUCUGAUAGUGUCGUGUCCGCGGGUUAACCUUUUCGUUCUUAAUUAAAAUCCUCCCUAUUUACGAUUAAAUUAAAUUCAAUCUAAUUAAUCCUAAAUCUUCUUCGAUAUCGACGUUUAACAAAAAGUCAAGUGAUCAGAAGAAAAAACAUAAUACAUAAUCAAAUUGGAUUUUCGCUUUCCAAGAUUUCCAAGAUAAACAGAGAAGAAGGAUGUUAUCAGGAUGUCUCCGAGGAUCGUGGAUACGUCGUCCGUUCAUGAAGACGUCCGUCCUCUCGGUGAAUUGUACGAGUGAUUUGCGAUCGGCGUAAACGAGACGCAUCGCGAGAAUUCCAAUCGUCCUCUGCGUAAUCUCAAUUCCCAGUUGGACUACCCAACAAGGUGGAACGAAAGAAUCGAAUCUUCUUCCUCUUCUUUUUAUUAUUAUUAUUCUUCUUCUUAGUUCUUCUUCUUCUUCUUCUUCUUCUUCUUAGUUGUGCAGGAUGUAUAAGAGAAUGAUUUUAGCGAUCGUACGCGAGAAACCGUGCACGGUGACUAGUCAAUGGAAUCAACCAGUGUCUUCGAUGGAUAACUCAUCACGAACGGGUUUGCCUCUUUCUCCAUGAGAGAGAAAGAGAAAAAGAGAAAAAGAUUGAGAAAGAGUAAGAUAAAGAGAGGUGGUCCAGGAACCAGCGGAAUUCUCCUUCUCGUUUCUUACGUCGAGUCAACGAGUUCGAUCACGUUCGAGUUUAACCGUCGGACCUAAAGCCAAAAGAAGAUUCUCCAAAGGGAACGCCGACUAGAUAUAUCCCGUAAAGCUAUCGCUUUACCGACCGAUUCUCGAGCUUUUUUCUCGACCUGGCAUGCACCGUUUGCAUCGGGCCCGGGCCACAUUUACAUCGACGCGCGUGUAAAAACCGAGCCGUCGCUCGUUCGACGCCAAGAUCGAAGGGGAGGCAUCGUUUCGUAAACCACGAACGAAAGAUAGAUCCUUUCGAUCGAAUUGUUGGACCCUUCUCAACCUAGCCGAUCUUUCCUUCUACUGUAUUUCAUCGAUUUCUCAUCAUUUUUAUUCUAUAAAUUCUUUCGGAAUAUUAUCUCUUUUGAGAAUAAUAUAUAUUUACGGAGGAAACAAAAUUAAAUGGAAAUUUAUUGUUAAACAGAUUAAAAAAAGGAAAAACAACAUUGUCGUCGAAUUAAGCGGUAAGAAAAAUUUUCCCUCGCUUGCGAUUGAUCGUAAAGGACAAAAAAAAGAAACGACAUCAAAAAAAGAGAUCAUCUCGAUCUGAAAACGGCAUGUCCAAGGUUAAGUCGAGAUAAACCGAGACAGUAGUACAGAUAAGGAGUCGGAUUGUUGCCACGAUCCAAGUCUACGAGAAGUAAAACGGAGAAACGUCGAGUGUGCCGUUGGAUUUAAAUCUACGAAGACUAACCUCGAUGCUCUUUUUUAUCAUCUUAUGCAUUUCGAUCUCAUUGGAUUUUUUACUAUUUCAUUCUGAGUUUUAUUUUAUUCUCUUCGUGCACUGAUCGGAAAAGGAAACUUUUCGUCACGUUACGAUGAAUCUUGGAAAGGAUCGUUUCGCAAAACUAACAAAAGUACAACGCGGACAAAAAAGAAACGGAUCGGUAAGGAAAUAAAAAAGAAGAUUUAAGAAGAAGAGAAACUGUUGCAAGAUCAGGUUUUAUAUGGAAUUCGAAAUACGGACAGAUUUUUGUCAUUUUGAAGAAACGCGUCGAUACGUUAAAGCAUUUCCCGAAAGGUGACAAUUUGUAAUUUAAAACACGAUAAACAUUCAAGCACGUGUAAAUACUAACGCGUAACUAAAUUGUUUCGUUCAUUGAUAACGAUAUUUAAUUGUAUCGACCUUUAAAAGAUACUAGCAAAGAAGAGUACACCUCGCGUUACCUUCAAAAUUUAUUGAAGAAUCGUAUAGAUCAAUUAGUUUCUUUUAUGACAACAACGAGCAACAGGAACAUAGGUAUGUGUAUACAUACAAAUCGUAAUCGGAUAAACUACUACUCGACGAAAAUUAUUGAGCGAUAGUAUGAUCGAGUGCCUCUUGACGAUCAUUUCGAUCACCAAAGACGGAUAACAAUUACACACGGUUACCGUCGCUAAGUGAUCUACGAAAUCUUGCCGACGGAACGCGGAUGAUAUAAAGUAGAAAAAAAAAGAAAAAAAAAAGUUGACACCGAUUUAAUCACAAGACUCUAUAAAUAAAUAAAUCAACCUAAUAAUAUUCUUUUGCGUUAAUAAUAAAAGAAUUACUACAUAGUUGAAUCAGUGAUGAAUAGUGAGAAGUGCCAGUGCGUAAAUUCAGUCACGUGUCAAACUCGGACGCAAGCUAAAGCUCUCACGGUUGAAAAUUAUUUAACUAGGUAAAAAAAAAAAAGAUUCUUACUAGAUAUAUUUUCAUCAAACUGUGUUCGAGUGAGUGAUUUUAAAGAUCAAAUAGAAGAUUGUUUAAUUUUUCGUUAGGGGGGAAAAAAAACAAAAAGAAACUUUUAAAGUAGAUUAAAAAAAUUUCUCUCGAGAUAUAAGAAAACACAAAACGUUUAUCGAGUUUCUAAAAGGGGAAAGAAUUGAAAUUUGAUAACUCGAUCAAAGAUAUACUUAGACUGGAGCUGUACUUGCCAUACGCACCACUGCCGGGGGGUGGCGAGAUCCUCCCGGCAGUGAACACGGGCGCUGCUUCUGGUGGCUGUCGUCCGGUGCUAUUGGGUGGCAUCGAUUUGUCGAUGUCGGCAGCGGUGGAACCGGUUCCGACGCUACCAACGCUACCAACGAGUGGACUACCAGCUCACAAUCCUCUCCAUCAUCCGCCCGGAGGACUGGCCUUGCCACCCUUGGCUUCGGCCUCAGUUAUGAUGCCACGUCCACCACCGGGUACUACCAUGCCACCUCUUGGUCCAUCUUCUUUGCCGCAGGCUCAUCAAGAUACCGGAGACCUAGCUGACACUCCGCCCAAUCCUGACGUCCUUUUGGCUCUUCUAGCCAGGAAUAAGAACUUGGAAGAUGAGUUACAUUCUACGAGAAUUACUGUGACGCGUUUCUUCAUCGCUAUGACUAUGAUAAGCCUCGAGAUGUUGAGUCGUGAGACUCUGCCGCUGGAAGGGAUGUACCAGCGAGCUCGCGAGGAGAUGCUCACUCCGCCACAAAGUAGCCCGGAGUCUCAACAUCGACGCAACACUGGUAACAACGUCGCUGAUAAUACCAUUUGUCACGACAUGCACCCUCUCAGUCAACCUGCCGUCGAUCUAGGCUUACCCUCGCAUAUUCCGGAAAUUCUUUAUUCCUCGAUACCGAAAUGUGGUGGUUGCCAGGAAGCAAUCCUGGAUAGGUACGUGUUGAAGGUCCUAGAAAGGUGUUGGCACGCGAGAUGUCUGACCUGUCGGGACUGCGGAGCAAGGCUAACAGACAAAUGCUUCGCGAGAAACGGCCAUGUCUUUUGCAAGGACGAUUUCUUCAAGUGUGGCAGGCGUUUUGGGACGAAAUGCGCGGGCUGCGGCCAAGGAUUGGCACCUUCGCAAGUGGUAAGAAGAGCGCAAGAAUUGGUGUAUCAUCUGACCUGUUUCUCCUGCGCACUCUGUUCGCGACAGUUGGACACCGGGGAUGAAUUUUACCUCAUGGAGGAUAAGAAACUCGUCUGCAAACCGGACUACGAACAAGCCAAGGCAAAAGAACUAGCCGACGGCGGUAGCAUCGAUGGUGAUCAACCAAACAAGAGGCCGCGAACGACGAUCACGGCGAAACAAUUGGAGACCUUGAAAUUGGCGUACAAUACCAGUCCGAAGCCAGCGAGACAUGUUCGGGAACAACUCUCGCAGGACACGGGUUUGGAUAUGCGUGUCGUCCAAGUGUGGUUUCAAAACAGGAGGGCAAAGGAGAAGAGACUGAAGAAGGACGCCGGUAGGACAAGGUGGUCGCAGUAUUUUCGAAGUAUGAAAGGUACCAGUGCGGGUGGACAUUCGCCUAGGCACGACAAAUUACUUGACAAGGACGAACUCAAAGUUGAUCUGGAUUCGACCUUUGGCCAUCACGAUUUAAGUAACGACAGUUACGGGACGGUUGUGAAUAUGGGAUUGGACGGAGAAGGUGCGAGUCCAGGUGGUGGUGGAAACAGUGGUAGCGGUGGACCACCUCGUGGUUAUUUAGGUGCAACUACACCACCUUAUCUAUCGACAUCCCGAUCACCGUCCUUACCACCACAAUUUCCAUACCCACCAGAUGCAGGUCUUUCAGUAUACACUACACUCGGAGGGCCAGGAGGCAUGGUACCAGGACCUGCAUCGGAUCUUAGCAACGAAUCGAGCGGGGGUGGUGGUGGUGGUGGUGGCGGUGGCGGUGGUGGUUAUCCCGACUUUCCACCCUCGCCGGAUUCCUGGCUUGGAGAGCCACCCUCGCACGCUCAUCACCAAUCACACUACGCCACAUAACCCGCCAAAGCCGAACGAUAUCGAAUACCGUCUAAAAUAACGCAACGCUAUGGAACAACAUUUACCUGACGACAGACACAAACUCUCCUCGAGAUUAAUGACGAAUGAGAAGAAUCCCGUGUUCUCGAAUCCCUUCUAUUAGGGAAAGACUCGUCGUCGUCGUCGUCGUCGUCGUCGUUCUAGCCGAUUACACAUUUAUGUCAUUACACUUACGACAAUUAAAUACGCGUUGCGAUUUAUUCGAAUUCAUUUAUGUCCAAAUUUGACAUUGCUUCGAUAUGAAAAGGGUAAUUAACGGUUUGGAAAUGUGAAACAAGUUCGAAGAAGACGUGCGAGUAACGCAAAAAUUAUAAAGCGUACCAUAAAUUUGAACUAUGGUCGUAAUUAGAAGGAGAGAUUAUGGUCGGUGAUUGAUUUGUUGUCAUUACAAAUUAUUUAUUUGAUACUAUUAUCACUUGGUUAUUAAUCGAAACAUUUAAAGAGAUUUAUGAUUCUAGUAUUCGUCCACAUAGUAGAGCAUCGCAUGAACGAUGCAACAAAUUAAUGAACUUUAACGUUGUUUCGCGCGCAAAUAAUUGACAUUUUUUUGUAUGGUGAAAGAAGAGAGCAAUGGAUUAUACCAACUUAUCAUAAUAAUAAUCGCGAUCGACGUUCUCUUAUUUCGUGUGUAUAAUUGACGUUAUAUAAGUAUUAUUUAUAUAUAAAAUCUAAAAAUGUAAGAGCAUCAAAGUACUUAAAACGAAAGAAAGAAAGAAAAAAAAAAAUAAUGAAAUGGAAUUGAAAUGCGAAAUCUUAGCGAUCGAUCGCUUGACUCUCUCACGAUCAAUCAAACUUAAUCUCAAGAUGUGUUAAAGUUGGUUUUUCCCAUUUAAAAAAAAAAAAUAAUGCGAAAAAGUGAAGUGUGCACCCAACAGCAAUCGAGUAAGAUCUAACGACGGGACGAUGAAAAUCAAAAAUGAUUCAUCGUGAGUAUUAAAUUCGACUCGUGAUAAAUGAAUUUCGGCGUAAUAUUUCGAGAGAUGUAAUCUGUAAAUUCCAGCAUCGAUGAACUGUCGCGUAAGUAUCGUAUAUACACGACGAACAUGCACGUAUCUAUUUAUCUAUCGUUAUCGAGCAGUGUUGCUCUUUCAAGGUAUUGAUCGUGUAUAACUAUCGAAAUCAGCUUUCAUGGAAUUUCUUGCAUAGCUCGAAGUAUCGUAGAUUCGAAAGAGAAAUCAACACAAUUCGCAUGAUCGUAUUGUGACUACUUUCAAAAUGAAAUAAUCCAAAUAUCUUUUUCGACCUUUUCAUUUUCUAUUCAUUUGGCAACAAAUGUAAUAUGAAAAAGAGUUUUUAACUUCUGAUAAACUAAUCGGACCAUAUAUUAUACAAAAUAUUAUUAUGACAUUCCACAUUUUUAUCGAGAGUUAAACGAUCGAUACUUUUACCUUGUACAAGCUAUUUCUUAGUAAAUACGUCUUUAUUUCCCCGAAAUAUCUACUUACUUACUUACUUCUUAAUUACUUGUUAUAUUUAAUAUCGUGUGUUUGCGUAUAAGUGUUCAAUUUGUUUAUUGAAUCUUCUGUACGAAUUUCUAAGUGACAUGAGCUAGUGAUCGGUUAGCACAUCGAUACUUUGAUUUUUCUUACAAAAUAUUGCAAAAGUAAGUGGAAGUCGAAAUGUUCGAAACUGCGUUCCAAGAAAUACAUUGAUUGCAAAUUCUAGAAGAUUAAAUUUAAAAAAAAAAAGUAGGUAUAGUUAUCUGUACGCGAAUGUCGUAUCAAAACGAUCAAUAAUUUUCUUUACAAAAUAAAUACUACAAAUCGAUGUCUGAUUAAACAAUUGAAGUAUUAAUCCUUAUAAGAAUUUGUAAUCAAUGGUAACAAAUGAUUUGUAGGUAAAGAUAUGGGUUUUACAAAAGACGUGCUAUUCUGAGAAUCGAUGAACAUAAUUAUUUCGCCAUUCGGAUUAUCUCUUUUAAUCUUUUUAACGUUGCAAAAGUUCAGAACGUUUAAUAAUUUCAUUUACAUAAAACAGUACAAAGGAUAGAUUCUCCAAUUAAUUAUUUAGUAAUUAUCUUAACUAUAAAUCCAAGAGUCGAUAAUGCAGAUCCCUUCGUUGGUAUUCCGAAUAAAAUCAAAUUAAAUUCGUUCGCAAAAGAAUUGCGAUCGAUCAUACUGGAACAAACAGGUCAAACAAAUGGUGAUAAUCAAAAUUACAAUUAGUUUAUAGAACAGUGAAGAUCGAAAAUAUGUAAAUGAUCAAAAUAAUUACGCUGGUUUCGAUCGAUUACGAAUAAUGUCGAAAAAUAAAGCUCCGGCGAAUGAUACCAAUAUUUUUUCUUUCCUUCUUAUUAUAUUGAAAUUUGUAUACACGUUCUUCGAGGAAAAGAAAGAAGGAAGGAAAGAAAGAAAGAAAGAAAGAAAGAAAGAAAGAAAGAAAGAAAGAAAGAAAGAAUGAAAAGAGAAAGAAACAGAUAAAUUUAAUAUGCAUAUAGAUAAAGCGCGAUAAUGUUGUGAAUCAAAAAGAAAAAAAGGGGGAUCUUUCUCCGCACCAUAAUUGGAUUUUCUACAAAUUAAUAGAUGAAAAUUCUACGUGCGUCUCGUAUCAAUUAAAAAAUGAAGCAUUUAAUCGCGUAUAUUACAUGCAAGAACUGUAAUCGAAACACAAUCUUCAUAGAUUUGUAUCUAUCGUACUGGAUUUGCUCUAUGGAUUUUUUCUUUCGUUUAUUUUAUCGGUCUCCGAAAAAAAAAAAACAACAAAAAAGACACAUUGCUUUUUAUAUUAAUCGCAAUAACUCGUUCGAUGUUCUACAUACGUGUAUGUAGUAUUAUUAUAUAUUUGGUAUAUAGAUUUUAAAAUAUAUAUAACAAUCGUGAAUCCAUCUGUGUUUAACUCGAACAAGAUAAGAUAUCUUAUCCCAAAAAAUGGACAGAUAUGUUCAUAAUACAUACGUAGAGUUCAUGGAACGAUCAAUCGAUCUUGUAAAAUCGAACCGGGAUCUUCUUUUUUCUUACGUAUAACUACUGUCGUUUAUUUGGUUCGUCGUACGUCUUCUUGGUUCGUUAAAAAAAAAAAGGAAAGAAAAGAAAAGAAAGAAAAAAGCAAAAAUACACUCAUCGUAAUUGUCAUGAGAUUUUGAUUACAGUUCUUGAUCAUAUAUAGCAGCGUGCUAAUGGAAAAGUGUCACUGUAGAAUUGUAUAUACGUAUACCCUUCUCUUCCUAAUCAUUCUGCCUACAAAUUCAAUUAUCAUGAGAAACAAAAGAAAAUAAAAAUAACAUGAAAAAAUGCGUUAAGAAAGAUAUUAUAUUAAACGACUAAGAAAGAGUGAAAUGUUGUACAAUAUGAAAAGAAAAGAAAAAGAAAACUGAUUUUGUGCUCCUCAUCGAACUUGACGGACAAAAAACAUGCGUGUAAUUAUCGCAGUUCGCAACUUCACCGAAAUCGGUUAUUACGGAUCUUUAUAUUAUUAUCUAGUCAUCAAGUGAUAAUAAAAAUUUAUCAUAAUCUA